UACCUGAGAAUUCCCCAGCCGAAACGGCUGCUGGGGCAAGAAACUUCUUGUUAGAACUUUCCACCUCCGGCUUCCCCCUUCACCUCUUUUUCCGUCCCAACCUUAGGAGACGCUUUUUCUCCCCCAGAGGAGAAUUUAUCUUUUUUUUUUUUUUUUUUUUUUCUCCCCCGGUGCUUUGCAUUUGGGAAGAGGUGAUUUCAAGAGUGGCCAGGUGGGACGCCUCUCUCCUUAUUCGGUUUACUAUUUAUUGUUUGGGGUGUUUUCUUUUUAAAUUCCUGUUUUGCUCGGCCCGGGGAGUUUCGCCCCCUGCCCGGCUCCGCGGCGCGUAGGAUGGUGUGGAAACGGCUGGGCGCGCUGGUGGUGUUCCCUCUGCAGAUCAUCUAUCUGGUGGCGAAAGCAGCCGUCGGACUGGUGCUGCCCGCCAAGCUGCGGGACCUGUCGCGGGAGAACGUCCUCAUCACCGGCGGCGGGAGAGGCAUCGGGCGUCAGCUCGCCCGCGAGUUCGCGGAGCGCGGCGCCAGAAAGAUUGUUCUCUGGGGCCGGACUGAGAAAUGCCUGAAGGAGACGACGGAGGAGAUUCGGCAGAUGGGCACUGAGUGCCACUACUUCAUCUGCGACGUGGGCAACCGGGAGGAGGUGUACCAGACCGCCAAGGCUGUCCGGGAGAAGGUGGGUGACAUCACCAUCCUGGUGAACAAUGCUGCCGUGGUCCAUGGGAAGAGCCUGAUGGACAGUGACGACGAUGCCCUCCUCAAGUCCCAGCACAUCAACACCCUGGGCCAGUUCUGGACCACCAAGGCGUUCCUGCCGCGAAUGCUGGAGCUGCAGAACGGCCACAUCGUGUGCCUCAACUCCGUGCUGGCUCUGUCUGCCAUCCCCGGCGCCAUCGACUACUGCACAUCCAAAGCGUCAGCCUUCGCCUUCAUGGAGAGCCUGACCCUGGGGCUGCUGGACUGUCCGGGCGUCAGUGCCACCACGGUGCUGCCCUUCCACACCAGCACCGAGAUGUUUCAGGGCAUGAGGGUCAGGUUUCCCAACCUCUUUCCCCCGCUGAAACCGGAGACGGUGGCCCGGAGGACAGUGGAAGCCGUGCAGCUCAACCAGGCCCUCCUCCUCCUCCCGUGGACGAUGCAUGCCCUCAUUAUCUUGAAAAGCAUACUCCCGCAGGCUGCACUCGAGGAGAUCCACAAAUUCUCAGGAACCUACACCUGCAUGAACACUUUCAAAGGGCGGACAUAGAGGCAGGAUGAAGACAUGCUCAAGGAGCCACGGCGUUUGGGGGCCACGGCACCUGGGCACAUACCCAAGCGCCUGUCCAUUGGCACACUUCUGCUGGGUGAGCAGGACAGCUCCUGUCCCCAACAAAGAAGCCAACUGCCCCCGGGCCAGUCCCAGGACCUUUGCACAGGACUGAUGGGUGUAACUGACCCCCACGGGGAGGCAGGAAACCAGCCAGCAGCCACCUCGACACUUUUGUACAUUUCCAGUUCUGUAGAGUUUAUUGUUCAAUUGCUUCUCAAGUCUAACCAGCCUCAGCAGUGUGCAUAGACCAUUUCCAGGAGGGUCUGUCCCCAGAUGCUCUGCCUCCCGUUCCAAAACCCACUCAUCCUCGGCUUGUGCAAACUGGUUGAACGGCAGGAAUGAAAAAUAAAGAGAGAUGGCUUUUG